AUGUUCAUAUUGUUGCAGGUUUUGACCAUAAUCAUUGCAAUAGCAGGUGACAUCAUCGAAAGCUCCGGCUACAAAAUGAUCAAAUUACUGAACCUCCUUCAGCUAAGUAUCGAGGAUAAGGUUCUGAAGCAGCAACUCAGCGAAUUCGCCUCUUUGGUCACGGAACUCCGGCCUUCUUUAUCCGUUGCAGGAUUUUUCGCCGUCAACAGGAAACUAUUGCCUAUGCUACUAUCCAGUUUCAGCGCUUAUAUCAUCAUUUUGAUUCAAUUGAAGCAAUAA